AUGUCUAGUGUGCAUAUUUUGAUACUUACAAAGUUGUGCUACAAUUGGGAAUAUGGUUUGGAGAAUACAAACAGGCAUUCCCCUAAGACGGUUUUGUCUUAUAUUUCGUUUACACUUGAUUGGGAUAUUGGAUUGCAGAUUCGUCCCUUAUGGAGACACUACUUCCAGAACACUCAAGGCCUCAUCUUUGUAGUUGACAGUAAUGAUAGGGAUCGUGUAGUUGAAGCAAGGGAUGAACUUCACCGGAUGCUGAAUGAGGAUGAACUAAGGGAUGCGGUUCUGCUAGUGUUCGCUAACAAACAGGAUCUCCCCAAUGCAAUGAAUGCUGCAGAAAUUACCGACAAGCUUGGUCUCCAUUCCCUCCGUCAACGACACUGGUAUAUCCAGAGUACAUGUGCAACAUCAGGUGAAGGUCUGGACUGGCUGUCCAACAACAUAGCUAGCAAGGUAAGCUGCAAUACCCUUCUACUUUGGAUAAUUUCAGAUCGAGUUCCCCCUCCCCCAGCAGAGGAAAUCAAGGAAUUAAUGUGA